AUGUCAAACGACACUGACACAGCAGCUGAAGACGCCCUCUACGCGCUCUACGAUAACGCAGAGCACACUCGCGAUCAUCGGGAUGCUUAUUACUACUACACCUUUGCGGGCAUCAUGGGUCUCCUGGCUCUGCGUUACGUGUUCCAGCUCGUCGCGCAUCGCAAAGCGCGUACAUUCACCUCCCUCGCCACACUAUCGGCUGUGCAAGUCUCCGUUUUUGACCGGCCACUCGGUUGGGGCUUCAACUUGCAGAGGCUCCUCUUUCUCGCGCUCGUCCUCGUCCUCAACGUCGUCUUUGCAGCUGUCACAUUCGUGAUACCGCACGAUAUGGACGAUACGACAUCUCUCAUCUCGCUGGCCUUCGGACGGAUGGUCUUUGUCAAUCUACCGUUCGUCUAUGCGCUCGCAGGACGCAAUAGCAUCUUUGGUCUCGUCACCGGCUUGAGCUACCAGACCCUACGGUGGUUCCACAUUGCCCUUUCCUACAUCAUGGUCAUUUUCUCGAUCAUCCAUGCGGCGCUCUUCACAACAGCCAUCCUGAUCGAGGGUCGCUCGGUCUACGUCGAGCAGCUAGGCGAGACCUACUUCCGCUGGGGAAUCGUUGCGAUGGUCGUCAUGUCCAUCAUGUCAUUCCUCGCCUUCUUCAGAGCUCGCGCCUACGAAUUCCACCUGAUUGCGCACGUUUCGGGCUCUGCAAUAACAUUGGCCGCGCUCUGGUAUCACUGGUCUUAUCUUGACCAAUUCAUCUACGCCAGCAUUGCCGUAUGGGGCUUCGACAGAGCCUUGCGCAUCUUACGCGUGGCAUAUAUCCACUUCGUCUCGCCUCUCUUAUCGAGCGGCAAGAUCGGCUUCAUCCAAGCAAGAGUGAUGCCACACCAAGAUGCUUUGCUCGUCAGCGUGCCCGCUCGGGCUAUGAGCUGGUCUUUGGGCUCGCACGCUUAUCUGCAAUUUUACACGAACGAUAAUCUCCGACGGCCGUGGCAUCUCUUUCAGUGGCAUCCUUUCUCUAUCUCGAGCAUUCCGGAGGAGCCUUGCGACCAGCGCCGGAUUCUCUUCAUUGUCAAAGUGCGUUCGGCUCAAACACGUCGACUUUGGAAGGCUGCGCGGUACAGUCAAGAUAAUCAGGGUGUCAAUGUACCUGUCUUGCUCGAAGGUCCCUAUCGUUCGAAUGCGCAGGCGCCGUGCGAGACGCUUGUCCUCCUCGCCGGAGGAUCUGGUAUCGCACAUAUCAUGCCAUAUCUCGUGGACGCACUCACAUCGUCAAAGCAUCGACCAGCCCGCACCAUCCUGAACUGGGCGGUGCGCAAUGCAGACCACGUAUCUUGGAUCUCUGAGCAGCUGGCACCGCUGUUGCAAUCGCUCAAGGAGGAGAACAGGCAGGAGACGCUACAACUGACGAUGGCCCUCACCCAGCGCGCAGGCCUGUACGAUUCUCCAUCGCAUGAAAAGGCGGGCAAGGACAAUACGGAUGUCGACAGCAUCUCGUCGUACAAAGACAGCGUUCUGGCAGCUUUCACGAUCGUCGAGGGACGUCCGAGCUAUACAACGAUCCUCAAGGACGCACUUGCGUCAACCUCCGAUAAGGGACAGAUCUGCGUGCAAGUUUGCGGUCCUCGAGCGAUGAUGGACGACGCCAAACUGGCUGCUGCUAGCGUCUCUGAUGUUCGCAGGACAUUGCGAGGAUCGAUCAAGCACUCGAUCCACGUGCAGUCAGCGGCUUUCGACUGA